AUGACGUUGGAGAGUUACGACGGCGAUGUUCACACCGUACCACAAUCGGAGAAUCCAUCUCCGACGUCGAUUGACAGCGACAAGGAAAGAGGCGGUGGUGAGCUUUUCGUGCCGCCUCUGAAUUUCGCUAUGGUGGAUAAUGGAAUUUUCCGUUCAGGUUUUCCUGAACCGGUCAGUUUCAGCUUUCUCCAGUCUUUGCGACUCCGAUCCAUCAUAUAUUUGUGCCCGGAGCCAUAUCCAGAGGUGAAUAGAGAAUUUGCAAAAUCAAAUGGGAUCCAAGUGUUUCAGUUUGGUAUUGAAAGAUGCAAGGAACCCUUUGUUAAUAUCCCGGACGAGGUAAUCCGAGAAGCAUUACAAGUACUUCUAGAUAAGGAGAAUCAUCCUGUCUUAAUCCAUUGCAAAAGUGGGAAGCAUCGGACGGGAUGUCUUGUGGGUUGUGUGAGGAAGAUACAGAGAUGGUGCUUGUCUUCCAUCUUCGACGAGUACCAAAGAUUUGCAGCUUCAAAAGCUAGAAUCUCAGACCAGAGAUUCAUGGAGCUUUUCGACAUUUCCAAUCUAAGGCAUUCACCACUUACAUUUUCAUGUUCUAAGAGGUAG